AUGAAUAGCUUAUGGUCAGGUAUAACUCAGAGACCCAGUAUGCCUGCAAUCGUGACAGUUCAGGAAGGAGAAAUAAAAAGUAAGGAAGGCAGCUCCAUGGAUAGGAAAGUGGGCCGAGGGUUUUACACCCCACUCAGAGAUCAGCAUAAUCCUCACGUCUUCUGCGAUCCUUCUCCUGAAGAACUGCUUCUUCUGGAAGUGCUCCGGCACGACAGGGCUGCUCAGCGUUUAAAUCUGUCCUCAAGAAAGAAACGACGCCAACAGCAUCAUCCAGAUUCAGAGGCCCUUCCAUUCCUCACAAACUUUGCAGAAAUUUUGCGUGUUUCUCCACCUCCUGCACCACCUGCCUUACUUCGCUCGAUUGGAAAGAAGGAGAAUUUUUCCAUUGGAAAGGUGAAGGUAAUGCUUAGGAUAAAACGUGAUACAGAAGAAUUGAACUCCUCUUUCCUGAACAUCGACGCCCGUAAGAAACAAAUCACAAUCUAUGAUAACUCAACCAGUAGCCAAUCAUCUCCUUCAGUUGAUCGGAGAACGGGAGUGUCUGCUCCCAAAAUGUUUGCUUUUGAUGCCAUCUUCUCCCCAGAUGACACUCAAGCUGAAGUUUGUUCGAGUUCCUUACCUGAAGUAAUCCAAGCUGUUGUUGGUGGAACAGACGGAUGCCUCUUUGUUUACGGACAUUCCAAACAAGACCUAGGCACAGAAGGAAGUGGUACUUCACCUGGAGUUUAUUUGCGAGACGAUCCUAUAUUUGGUGCUCAACUGAUCAAUCAAAGUGAACUUCGAGCACCGACAGCUGAAAAAGCUGCGUAUCUUCUGGAUGCAGCCUUGGCAGCCAGGUCGAGAGAUACAGAAGACGAGGGUCGGAACUCCCAUUUCCUUUUCACCCUUCAUUUGUAUCAGUACAGAGUAGAAAGGAGCGGGAAAGGUGGAGUUGCCGGUGGCCGAAGUCGUCUUCAUCUCUUUGAUUUGGGAAGUUGUGAUAAAAUAGCUACAAAACCUCGUGAUGGUGGUUGCUUGUCAUUAUCAGCCUUAGGGAAUGUCAUUUUAGCCAUCUUCAACGGACAAAAACAUGUGCCUUAUAAGGAGAGCAAACUAACACAGUUGCUGAAAGAAGCAAUGGGCUCUCUAACUUGUCGGGUUGCCAUGAUAGCUCACAUUUCAUCGCAGUUGACUCAUUAUUCGGAAAUAUUAGGAACCAUUCAGUUAGCUUCAAGGGUUCAUCGAAUGAGAAGAAAAAAAAUAAAGUACGCAAACAUAGGAAUAGAAACUGAUGAAAAAGGAGUUUGUGUCCGUCCUUAUGUCCGCAUGCAUGCGGAUGAAAACAUUAAGUCGGGUAGCAGCGACCCAGAUUAUACGUCCAGCAGUGAACAGUCGUGUGACACAGUAAUCUAUGUGGGUCACCUUUCACAUGGUGGUCAAGAAUUCACGGACAAUGAAGGCCCUCCGUCAUCUUUACCAAUAGUUCCUAAACUAAAACAAACUCAGAGCAAAGCACAUUCUAACGAAAAGAGUUCGACCUUAGAGAGAAAAAGGCACAAUUCCAUUAGCAAAUCAGGGCCAUCUUCAGAAGAACAGCGUAAAACAGAAGACAAGUCAUCCAAUCUUCAAAAUGAGGGCCAUCAUGCAAGCUCAGGAAAAACUAAUAAAUCUGAUAAAAAUCUAUUAAGCUCUAAAAAUUCAUCUUCCCUACAGCGGCAUCAACCAGCUAGUACACAGACUUUAGGAGCGGAUAAUAAGUCCGCUCAAAAUAGCCCCGUGCAUGUUCAGAAAAAAGCUAAACAUCGGACAUCUCAAGCAAAACAAGAUCAAAUGACAGAUGCUGAAUUGCUUGCAUCAGCAGUAAAGAACCAAUCCCCUUGUAAAAAUUCGAAAAAACAAAGUGAUGAAACUUGGAUAGAUGGCCCGCGUUUUACGAAACCUAAAUUCGACUCUAAAACACUCCAUCAAUUGCAAAAGGAACAAUGGGUUGAUGGCCCACCAAAUAUGUAUGGUUUUAUGGACCACCAUAAGCAAGACAUGAUACAAAGAUGGAUUGAGGAGCAUUCUCGACAACUUCAGGGAUCACCGAAAAAGAAGAAAGAUGAAGUUUGGAUAGAUUAUCCUAAGGACUCUGCCGAUAAAAAUAAUUCCAGUAGUGAAACCACUAAGAACCAGACAGAUGGCUUAUACGGAAAAAUAUCGAAAGAAGGUAAAAACGUUUGUAAAGAAAAACAUUCAGAUGAAGUCCGCAAGGAUGAGAAAGAUGAUUGCGCUGACAACGCUUCGUGUGAAAUGGAAGUCGUAGAUGACGAGGCAGAUAGUGCCAGCAACUCGGCUGAUGUCGAUGAAACUGAUAACGAGGAAAACGCAGAAGCAAGUGGCUACGAUUCAGAUUUGCAUAUUUUAAACAUUUCACAAAAUGGUAUACAAAAUCAAUCUUUGUGUACAUCAGCAUCUGCAAAUACCUUUGAUAUAUCUGAUGAUUAUACAGACACCAUCGAAGUAUACGAAACUGAUGAAUCAGUGCCUAUGGUAGAUUCAUGUCUUCAGGUUACUGAAGAAGACAUAUUAGCAGAGUAUUGGAUGCAACAAAGACGGAAAUCAUCUGAAAAUCCUUUACCAGAAGUUGAUCAAAGUAACCGCGAGCAUCCACUUCGAAUAUUAAGUGAAGAGGGCUUAAACCUUCCAUCCUCAUUCACAGAUUCUCGUUCUGUUAGCGUAGAUUUGGACAACAUUAGCGUUCCUGAUACCGGUGAAAGCUUAAGAGAUCGUAAUCAACUAACCUGGCGUCUCUUGUAUGGCAAUAUGUUCCAAAAAAUCAAAGAGCAACACCAGCAACGUAGAACUGCAGAUGACUUAUCAUCUGAAACAAAUAGAACUAUGAACGAGAAACUAGAAAGAAUAGCUAGGUUGAGAGAUCUAAUUCAGCCACUAACGAGGCACCGAAGUCAAACAAAAAUCGAAUCAAUAUUUAAAACAUGUCCUAUUGGUAAAUUACCUUCCUCAGGUUCUCGAUACACAUUACCAGAAAUUUUAACUGAUAGUAGAGAUUCUAGUAUGGAAGAUUUAUCUGCUGCAGAGGUGAUAAGUACCCAAAGUGAACCAGCUGAUUUAGAUAUAGAUAAAUAUGAUUUCAAAUUAAACAUUAAACCAAUGAAUGGAUUGAAAUUAGAAGCUUACUUCAGAAAAAUACAAAAAAUGCCACCCUUCUUAGAACAAUAUUCCUCCUUGAAACCUACUCAAAUCGUGCCUCCUUUGAGUUAUGAACAAGAGAAACUGUAUUUGUUAAACAAAAUGGAAACGCAGAGAUCUGAAAGUAUGAUAUUAGGACAUUCUAACUAUAAAGAAAUGGAUUUUUCUAGUUUUAAAACUGCGCCAGAAAUCUCAACUAUGGAAAGCAAGUGCAUUGAUAUAAAAUCUUCCACUAGUUCACUGAAAGAUUCAAACUCAACCACGCACAUUAAUAAACAUUUAUCGACCACUAGUUUGCCUAAAGAAUCAUCUAGGCACAGCUCUUCCGAAAAUAUCAUUCAAAAUAAAAAUCAAAAAAUUUCAGAAUCAUCCACUGAGCUUGAUAAAAAACACACUGAUAGAAAAGAUUCGAAAAAAUCCAUGGAUUCUAUCGAUACUUCAAGGCGCAACGAAAUAAAAUCUUCCAAAACUUCAAUUAAUAAAAAUGUAGAUAUUUCCCAAUUAACUGUGGGCCAAUCUCCCAGCAGUAACUCAAAAACCAGACACAGGGGAAAGGUAAAAAAUUGCGAAGGUAAUAAUAUAUAUUCGGAACCAGCAUCUACUCAAUCAUCCUCUAUUUCCUUAUGGAGUAAAGAUACUUCAAUGUCCUCGAACUCGUCCAAAAUGGCGCACAGAUCUGGUGUCAAUCCUAAUUCUUCCUUAAGGACUUCAAAUAAAUGCCACGUUGGAAAUGGUAACAUUCCCAAUGGUGGCAGCAAAACUUCAAAGACAAUAAGCAAUUCCAAAUUACCUCCCAGGUCAAGUCCAACUGAUAGUAGUACAUCUGGUGUUACCACUACGUGUUGUUCAACUAUGAAAGGUAAAGACAAAACAGUGUCAUCUAAAAACAAGUCUCACGUUAAACAAAAGCAGAAUGCAACGGACAGUAGAAAAUCUCAAAAAAAUAAAAGCCUCUGCAGAAGUACCAGUUCUCCAAGCACAUGUGUAGAUAGCGGAGAUACUGCUAUCACUGACUUUACAGAUAGUGACCAUUACCAUAAUUCUCGACAUGCGAGUGUGUCAGGUGCCCUAGCGUCUCCCUAUCAUAAAGUACCACAAGUUCAUGUUAGUCAUCAUCAUCAUCACCACCACCAUCAUCAAAGGACGAGUAGUGGUCAUGGUAGUGAAAGUAGUGUGAAUAGCAGUGAGCCACGGGAGGCAAAAGAAUUGCUUCUGAAAGGAACUAAAACGCAACAGUUUUCAGGGACCAGCAGUGGUUAUGAAAGCAUGCUCAGAGACAGUGAAGGUACUCCUCUUUCAUCUAGCCAAGAAUCAGGAAAUGAGGAUUCUUUCGACAAAGGCGAAAGAGGGCGAAGGGGAAGAAGAAAAUCUACAGGGUCCAGCAAAAGAAGUUCAUCUGCCCCUGCUCGAAGUCCUGCCUCACCUUUGGGUCGUUCUAAUUCCUCAGCCAUCAAUCAACAGCCAGUGUCCAACAGUAGAUCCCACAGAAGGGGAGAUCGAAAUGCGCAUAGAUCUGACGAAGAAGUAGGAUGUACGAGUCUGCUCUGCUGCCGAUUGCUGGACUUUUACUGAAGAACUUCUUUUUAAGCAAAAUAAAUUCACCAUUAGUGCCAAUUUUUACCAUUCUCCGCUCCAGAAAACAUAGUUAUCUACUUUUGAAAUCGGACAUUAUCAGAUUUAAAGAGAAGUAAAUAAAUGUGUUGAAAACUAUAUAUGGAACAUUUAUGAUAAAUAAGCAAUGUAAGAAUGACUGUUUAUAAGUAAAAUGAAGAAAUCAAUUUUGUAUUAUGGAACUUGAUGAGUGAGAAGCUGAUUUGUUUAUUGAUUUGUAAUAACAAUAAAUUUAAAAUAUUUAAUAUUAA